AUGGAUUUGUUUGACGAGUUGGAGAACUUGGCGGUUGCUGCCGUGUAUGAGGAGCCCGACGAUGACGACGAUAUACCGCAUACAAAUAAGGGAACAAUUAAGAUGUGGCAAGACCGCUUUGGCUACACAUACGAAGAAGCUGCAGCGGUAAUUGGAAUCACUCAAAACGCUACGAAGCCAUCUACUUUAACACAGCAAGCAACACUAUCGCCUGCACAGGCACGCGCGGUUUAUCUCCUCAGACUAAAUGGUCCCAUCUCUACCCCACAAAGGAUUCAAAUAGCCGCAAACCUUGAAACCAUCCCAGAAUCCCACCACGGAAGUAGCGUUGACGUGGAUGCUGUGUUUUGCAAAGUCGAUGGCCGGACAAAGAUAGCCAUCGAGAGCUGGCUUUCUAACCGGAAUGGGCCUCUAUUCAGACCUCUGUUUAUCCCAGUCAAAAUAGCCUACAAGGAACUAUCCUCACACUCACUUUACCCAACACUCGGAAAGGACACAACGCUCCCGCAAUUCAGGCCACAAGAUUCACAUUUACUCAGUGCACCCCACUCCUUUGGGCGAACACAAAACCAGUUCCCUGUUUGGUAUUUCUUUUACGGUACCCUCGAUAGUGUUCCCAAGCUAUGCUCUCUUAUUUCAUUCUCUGGAGAUGACAUUCCGAUUUUGUACGAUGCCAGUGUAAUGGGAGGGAGAAUGGAGACAUGGGGCAAUGGAAAGUACAAAGCGCUUGUUAAUGGAUCCGAGAGGAGCUGCGUUAAGGGAUCGGCAUACCAAGUUAUGUCAGAAGAACACGAGGAUGCGCUGAGAAAAUACGAGACUGAUGCAUACGAAGUUGUGAGGUGCUUAAUUAAGAUAGAUGGUACUGCGGUUCCGGGUUGUACAUUUAGAUUUAUAGGGGAAACUGAUUGA